GUUGUUUUCAUAGUAAAACAUUUCUUCAUAAGCUACGGAAUUAUGGUAUUCAUGCAUAUGCCUUUAGUUUGUUUUAUUUUUGAUAAAACAAUGUAUGGCGUAUGUCUCAACCAUUCAGAAAGCAACAAGAAAUUACAUUUGCGCUGAACAAUUUCCCAUUUCCACGUCGAUUAUUACCGACAUCUGUAGCUUGUCAGAUGCAAUUAAAUGGAUGGAAAUAAAAUGCCCCAUCACAAUGCGUAAUGACGCACAAUGGCUGAUCUUGCGCUCUUAGAAGAUGUGGCAAAUGGAAGGAUUCGCAGUGAACGCAUCUUUAGACAGCAAGAAGACUUGCUUGUAAACGAGGACGAGUGGCUUAUGAGCCGGUUCCGACUUCCUCGAGCCGUCCUGUUGGACCUCUGCGGGCUUUUGGGCCCGGCGUUACAGAGGAGCACUCGGAGGAACCACGCCGUGCCAGUCCCACUUCAAAUCCUAACAACACUAGGAUUCCUGGCGACUGGCACUUUUCAGAGGGAAUUGGCUGACAGGUCAGGAAUAUCUCAGCCGACCCUUAGCCGGGUAAUGCCAGACGUGUUAAAAGGCAUAAUAGCUUCAUCCCAUGAUUCCAUAAAGUUUCCAUACACGGCGGGUGAACAGGCAAACAAGAAAGCUCAAUUUGCAGCUAUGUAUGGUUUCCCAAAUGUCAUCGGUGCUAUUGACGGCACUCAUGUUGCCAUAAGGGCACCGAACGUUAAUGAAAAUGCUUUCAUUAAUAGAAAGCAUUUUCAUUCAAUCAAUGUCCAAAUUAUUUGUGAUGCAGACAUGUUGCUCACUAAUGUAGUAGCUCGGUGGCCUGGGUCAACCCAUGACUCAUUUAUUUUAAGACACAGCAGUGUUGGACGCAGACUCGAGGCUGGUGCUAUAAGUGAUGGCUGGCUUCUAGGUACGUUUGAUUAUAGACAUUCACAUUUUAAUGUACUUCAAUGUCUUAACCCUUUCACUAUCCUUGCAGGGGACAGUGGAUAUCCCCUCAAACAGUGGCUGCUUACGCCUUUCCUCAACCCACAUAGUGCAGAGGAAAGGCACUACAACAUGUGCCACAGCCGAGCUCGCACUAUAGUGGAGCGCACCAUCGGCCUGUUUAAGGGCAGAUGGCACUGCCUCGACUGCACUGGAGGGAGGUUAUUGUACACGCCUGAAAAGGUGUGCCAAAUCGUGCUGGCAUGUGCUGUGCUACACAAUGUGGCACAGCUUAAAAACGUGCCUCUACCUCCUGGCGCCGAUUGCUGUGUUGGCCGCGACCCUGAACCCCAUCCCCAGGCAUUUGAGCCAAAUGCUGCUGCUGUGCGCCAGCGUUUGGAAGUGAUGCGUCGCUUGUAAAGAGCAACAAAAGGACUGCAUCGGUGAGGACACGUCCACUGCUGAAGGGUUGAGAGCCGCGUGCCGUGGAGACGCUGGGUCCAGACGGCUGCUCAGCUGCAGCAUCGUAACCACUGGCCCUGCUGGAACACCCAGCAACUGAAAUAAAAUUGUUCUAUAUUAAUAAACUGUAAUUGUGUAGCCUGCAUACAUGUGACUUGACUGCAUUCAUUUUACUUAUUUCUCUUACCUGUGUCACCCGGUGCAUCUGGCGCGUCAGUGUCCCCCUCCGCCUCAGUCACCACUCCACUUAAUAGGGAUUCCCCAAUAAUUGCCGCCAGUCUCUCAUCAAGAGGGGUCAGCUCCGGUGUCCCCUUUCCCCCACCCGUGGCAGACACACUCUGGCGAUGGAGCGCUAGACGUUUUUUUGCCUCGACUUUGAUGUCCGACCAUUUCUUUUUUAUUUCGGCCACGGCCCGAGGUUGUGAGGCUACAGCAUUUACGGCGUCUGCCACCGUUUGCCACUCAAGUGCCUUUUUGGCAUUAGUAAUGCCCACACUGUGCCCUCCAAACAACAUUUUUCUCCUCUUUUCCACCUCGCCAACGAUAACUUCUACUUCACAUUGAGUGAAGUUACGUUUUUUUGAUUUC